CAAAUUAUAACAAAUGCGAAUAAUAAUGUGAGUUAAAUAACGUAGUAGUUUAGUGAAAUGAGAAAUGUCCAAUAUUGAUAUUAAUAAGGACAACAAUAAUAGCAAUAGGAAACAGCAAUUGAAUAACGAAGAAGAAUCUCCUCCUUCUAUCGAUUGCAUUCCAAUAGAUCGUCAAAUCACACCUACCAGUGACACAAGCCAAAAAUUUGUAUCAGAAAAGAUUGAUAGUAGUAGUGAAAAUACACAACAAUCGAAUGAUUGUUAUGUAACAACAAAUGCACAAGAGAAAUAUUCACCACCGGUCCCACUUAAAACAUACAAGUGGGAGGACAUACGACGUGCUAAGGAACAAGGAAGAUAUCCAUGGACAUACUUAAAAUAUACAGAUUUAAGUAAUAGUGAUAAUAGCAUUCAUAUCGAUAUGUCCGAUAAUACGGAUAAAUCCUUGUCGGUUGAAGACAUUUCCUCUAAUAUAACCGAGAUAAGUGAGGAAAUAUUAAAAAAUGAAGAUAAAGAAAAUCCUGGUGAUGUUAAAUCUGUGGAAAUUGAAUCAGGAAAAGUCUCAAAGAUUCCAGAACCUGAAGUAAUUGAGGUAGAAAUAAAGAAUGAAGAACCUAAAUUAGAAGAUAAACCUAAAGUUGAAGAGACCAAAAUUACUGAAGCAGAAGACAAACCAAAAGUUGAAGGAAAAAACGUUAUUGAAGCAGAAGACAAAUCAAAAGUUGAAGGAAAAAAUGUUAUUGAAACAGAAAACAGACCGAAAGUUGAGGAAAUGAGGGUUAUUGAAACAGAAGACAAGCCAAAAGUUCAAGAACCUGAGGUCAUUGAACCAGAUAAGAAAACAGAAGUAAUUUUAGAACCAAUUCUGGAAAAGAAUGAAAAUAUUGAACAAUCAAAAGAGUCAACACCAGAAAAGAAACCAGAAAUUAUUUUAGAGCCAAUUGAGUAUAAAAUUCAAGAACCAAAUAAAAACAUUGAGCCCCGAACAAUCAGAACUAACAGUAUAACUCACAUUAUUAUUCCAAUCGACCAUACAAUUCAGGCGCAAAUGAAUGAUGAUCACAUCUAUGAGCCAAUUGAACGACCUGAAGUGGAAAUUCAUAUUAACGACAUACCAGUACAAAGGUCAUUGGAUGAAAAUGAUGUACCAACAAACGAAAAUGAUGUGGAAAUGCCGCAAAAACUUAAGCCACCGCCAUUGAGUAAAAUGGUAAUGGAAAAUCAGAGUAUGUCAGUUGACGAGGAACGGAGUUAUUUGGAUAAAAAAAUUUUGAAAGCCACAUCAUUGGAAGAAGAUUAUAAUAAAUGGUCAACUUUAAACGAUCACGAAUACGAAAUUAUAAACGCACCAGCUGAAGAAAGUCGAGCAAAUGAAGUCCUUAAAACAGGACCACCAUUGGCACGUGAAGUGGAAAUGGAAGAUAUUGAUGAUGCUAGUAGUAUAUCAUCAGCUGAACGCAGAUUUUUACGAGUUCCACUGGAUACAGAAAUUAUUGUACCAGAAGAUGGUCAAAGUGAAGAUGCCGCAAUGAGUGAUGAAGGCAUUGGAGAUGAUAGAUGUGUUAGUGCGACUCCCACUACAAAUGAUUCCCGAACUGAUUGUGAGCUGAACACAAGUCAAGUUGAUUCGUCUGCUUUGGAAGUAUUGCCAUUGCAGAGAGAAAGUCGAAAACAGGCUACGCUUGCAACAGAAGAAGUGGUUAAUCAUCCAAAUAUUGGACAAAGAAUGAAAUCGAGUGCAAGUCGAAUCAAAACAAAACUACAAAACAUUCGAAAAACUCGAGAAGCAACUACGGAUCGUCCGCUGAAAAAGACUAAAAUAGUUAAGGUGAAAGUUGAGCGUCCAAAAAGCGAACGACCAAGUUUACUGGAUCGAGCAAGAAAAAUUGAAAGACCAAAGUUUUCAAUGCCAAAAAUGCCAGAUCGACCUAAAUUUAACAUGCCUAAGAUGCCUGAUAUGCCAAAAAUGCCAGAGCGACCGAAAAUAAAUAUGCCAAAAAUGCCAGAUCGACCGAAAAUGAAAAUGCCUGAUAUAUCUAUGCCUAAAAUGCCCGACAUUUCAAUGCCGAAAAUGCCUGAUAUAUCAAUGCCGAAGAUGCCUGACUUCUCUUCCCUAGGUAGAAAACCGAAAGAAACAACUGCUGCACCUGUCAUUACUUCGACAAUCACAACAACUUCAGAAUCAAAGAAGACUACAAGCACGUCAGAUUCGCCCGAUGAUGAUGCACCAAAAAAGAAACGAUUUGAUUUUGAAUUUAGACAUCCAAAGAAAACCACAAGUACUUCAGAUUCAGCUGAUGACGAUGCACCAAAGAAAAAACGAUUUGAUUUUGAUUUUAGAACUUAUCCAAAAAUAUUAAAUCGUACUAAAAAACAAAAAACUGUUGUCAUGGCACCGUUGAGUACCAGUACUGAUCAAAGUGUUCAAAGUGACGACAAACCAAAGAGUACAUUUUUCACCGAAUACAUCCCUGACUGGGUAACAAUGCCUCGUAAAGCACGUAAAAAAGUACCUGUUGGUCAACGUUGGGCGAAUAAAUUUUCUGACAUCAAAUUUGCAGAUGAUGAAUCAUUAAGAUCAGGAAAAUCCAAGGAAAAUGUAUAUGUUCAGGAAUACCCUCCACCCACGCCAGCACCUGUGAUAUUCAAUAGUAAUGAUCCUCUAGUUCAAUAUAUUCCACUAAAAGAUCCCAAUAAGACACUUUCAGAUGAAGAAGAAGAAUACGAGGAAGAUUUGGGACAGGAAAAUAUUAAUACAACGAAUAUUUUAUAUACAACUGAAGAAGAUAUUCAACCACAAAUCCAAGAAAUAUCUCCUGAAAAACAAGAAAUAUCUCCUGAAAAUUUAAUCAAGCCACCUAUAGUUGAGGAAGAAAUUAUUUCCGAACCAGAAUUAUCUCCAUCACCGGAAGUACCAGAACCAAAAAAUACAUUUGCGAUUAUCGGUACAACAAAUUCGGGUGAAAGUUUACAACCAGAUAGUCACAGAGAGGAUCGAUCUUAUGCUAGCUCUGAACGUGGUGGUGUUAUUGAAGAAAUCAAUUCGGAUGAAUUUUUUGUUAGAGAAAAAGGCCUAUCUCAGGAUAAUAUCGAUGUGAGUUUAUAUCUGAGUUCAGAAAUAAGAGAAGCUUUUCAAAAUCCUAUUAAUGCUCUCUCUCAAAUGAUUGAAAAUGGGGUACAUUCAGAAGAUUUUGUUGAAUAUGACAGAAGAUUACAAGAAGAUUAUAUAAAAAUGCGAGACCAGUCACCAAUCUUUGAGCCAGCACAAACACCACCCACAAAGACUCUUCGAAAGAAAAAGAAACAAAGUAUUUGUUCACAAGAUGUAUCAACAAUUUCAACAGACAAUAUUCCAGAACGUAAAAUUGAUCAAAGUGAUGACAAUUUUAAAACUUAUCCACCAUCGAGACCUUCGAGAAGUCGAAAAGGAUCUGUUGCAUCGAAAAAACAUGACUCACAAGGCAUUUCACAAAAUGAUUUGGAUUUGGAAAAUAAUGUAAUACCACAAAUACCAUUUAGACGCAAAAGAAGUUUACGUAGUGCGAAGAGCUUAAAUAUUUCAGAACAUUUUAAUGAUUCUUUACUUCGAAGCGACCAAAAUGUCUCUUUGCAAGAAAUUCGUAGUAAUAAUUACGCAAUUGAAGAAAGUCCCCCAGUUCCGAAACGUCGAGCACGAUCAUCGCAUUCACGUUCAACCAUUCACACAAUUAACGAUGACGAUCGCACAUCGCGUGGUGCAGAUUCAUUAAUUUCCGAAGAUCGUAACGAUACUCAGAAUUCAAUUUCAGCACCAAUUAGAAACUACACACCACCUGGAUACGCCAAAGUAGAAAAAAUAAAAGACAAUAGUAAUGUACCUCCGGCUCAACCACCGCCAAGAACCAAAAGAAAAAAACAAAUAAAAGAAACACAAUUUUUCACAGUACCUAGACGCUUGAAAGAUGAAGAUACUCCGCAAAGACCUUUAAGAAAUUAUAGCACAUUAAGAAGUUCUCGAAAGAAUUCAUCUAGUAGACAAUCGACUCCAGCACACGAUAAAGAAAAUCAAAUACAAGACGACGAGUAUAUAGAAAUUGACGAUGAAGAAGCAUCUCAUAAAAAAUUACAAUCUGGUGAAGUUAUACAAAAAAUGAAAUCAAGACCUUUACCAGCACCCCCAAGACCACCGAGAAAAACAACUCGUCAUCCAAACGAUGGAAUUUUAAAAGAAAUUCACAUUGAUAAUAUCGAGGAUGCAAAUUUAUUAACCAGCGAAGAUAAAACGCAUUCAGCGAAAAUUAGUAAUGAAAGUAUCAUUAAAGGUACGCUACUUUUGGAUGGAAAUCAAAUUAAUAUCGAUGUACAUCCAAUAAGUUUGGAAGUUGAAGCAGAAAAUUUAGCUAAUAGACUUAAAGAUCUACAAACAGAAAUAAUUCCAAACAAUGAAAGGCAUAUUACACCAGAAAUUACUAUUGUUGAUAAUGAUGGAAAAGUUGAUAUUCCAGAAAAAUUGGAUGAAGGUACUGAAAAACAAGACAUUUCAGAAAAACGUUUAAGUAAUCUAAGUGAUAGAACAACAACGCCUUUGGUACUUGGCCAAUUUUCAAUUGAAGAAGUGGAAAUUUCCACCCAAACUGACCCACUUCCAGAAGAUUUUGUCUGUGAGGAAGUAGUUGCAGAACCAACAGAUAUUAUUAUAAUUCCAACAAACAGAAAAAAUAUAUCCGAGGAAAUAACAUUUGUUCCAGUUCAAGAGGUUCCAUCAACACAACGAAGAACUUUGCUAGAACAAAUAUCGUUUGAUCCAUCGGAGGACGGUUUUACAGGAUCUGAAAUGUCUCCAUCAAUUGAUAUGUCAGAUAAUCCACUAGAUCGACAUUUGGAUGAAAUCAAGGUACCAAAACGUGGUAUACUUGAGCAACAGUCCCAUGAACGAUUAUCUGAAUCGCCAGUUGAGCCAUGUGAUGAAACUUAUCUAAAAGAAAGUUUGGUACGUCUUGCAAGAUCAGAACAAUCGUCAUUGAUUAGUCGACCAGUUGGUGAUCAUGAAAUUACACAAAAAGUUGAAUACCAUCCUCCCAGAGAAAGUGCGCCACCAAGUACAAAUAUUGCUUUGCCCGAAACAUUACGUGUACAACGAUUACAGGUAUCCGAUUUAGAUGUAGAUCGAUUAACAGUGUCUGAAUUAAUGGCACAAAAACUUUUAGUAUCUGAAAUUGAUGGGAUGAGCUUAAAAUUAAAUGAUAUAACCUCGCAAUCAGGUACAAUAUCAACAGAUGAAAUUAAAUUACCCCCGCAUUUAAUUGAAGAAAUUUUAAGUCGCUUGCAAUCAUCUAUUCAAAUGAGUCAACCCCCACCUGUACCUGCUCCAACAGUAACCCCUCCAGAAGUUGUAGAAAAACGGAUAACGUACUACAAAGAAGAAAGCACAAACACUGAUGACAGCUUACCACCACCCUCAGAGGAUACAAAAUCCAUGCAAUCAUCAAUAUCGAUUGAAACAGUAACUGAAAGUACAGCGACGCCUAAAGCUCCUUCAACUGUAAAUGAAAUUGUUUCACAGGCAGUUCCUUACCCCCACAUUUAUGUCCUUCCUCCAUCAUUUUAUCAACAUAUGACACAACCUAGUACCAGUACAACGGCGCCUCCACCUACAAACGUGCCACCUGCUCCAGCACCCGAUCCUGAAAUUGAAACAAUUCCUGAUCCAUCAAUUCCAAAUUUAAGUGCACAACUUUUACGCGCAUGUCAUUCAUCUGCAUCAAAUUCAAUACGCCAAGUUAUCAUUCAAAUUACGUCAUAUUUAAAUUCGGGUGAUGAAAAACAGGAUGCAAGAACAGCCAUUAUUGUUUUAAUUGUAUUAUUGGCUGCGUUAAUUUUAUUAGGAUUUUCAUCACGAACUGAACCAGUUCAUCAUCAUCAUUGGGAAUACUUUAAUCCCCCGACUGGUGAUAGACCAAUUUAAAGACGAUAUUUGCAGGGGUGACACGAAAACGAAUUUUUUUCGAUAAUAUUUUGAUAUUUAUGAAUGUAGUUUUCGAGUUUAAUAUUGAUCCUUACGAAUAAAUAAUAUUUUUUUCAAGAUCAAUAUUUUACUCAUUUGAGUUUAAUUACCUAAAUAAUAUAAUUUUAUUUGUACUAUCACAUAAAAAAUAAAAU